AUGGGCGACUCCAAAUCCCCCAAACCCGUCUCUGUUUUAUUCGUCUGCCUAGGAAACAUCUGCCGUUCAACAAUGGCAGAAGGAGUCUUCCAGUCCCUCACGACGCCUUCCCACCCGCUCAUCUCAACAAUCGACUCUUGCGGCACCGGUGCCUACCAUGUCGGCUCGAGCCCCGAUUCUCGCACCAUGGCCACUCUAAAGGCCAAUAAGAUAACCACAUAUCGCCACUCUGCACGAAAGUUCUCCCCUGGCAGCGACUUCGAAAAGUUUGACUACAUACUCGCUAUGGAUGAUGAGAAUCUAGAGGAUUUGGAGGCGUUGAGGCAGAGGGAGGUUAAGAAGAGGGGUGGUGAUGAGGAGGGCGUGGGUAGAGUUAUGCUGUUUGGUGAGUUUGGGGGGAAGAUGAGGAAGGGGAGGCGUGGGGAGAAGGGCGAGGAGAUUGUGGAUCCGUAUUAUGGGGGUGAUGAUGGGUUUAAAGCUGCGUAUGAGCAGUGCCAGAAGUUUGGGAGGGUGUUUUUGGAGAGGCUCGAAAAGGGAGAGCUGAGCUGA